GAGGUUCUCUUCCCCAGGAGGCUCCUCUAAGAGAGCGGCUCCUUUAAGAGGCGGGCCUCAUCCCUGCAAACAAAGGAAGUCCCCGCCCCUGGUUGCCAGGGUGCUUUGUGGCGUCUCAUUCUCAUUGGUGGGCGUCAGCGGGGAGGCAAGCCACGGCAGCCAUUUCCAACGAGCUGGCGGGGGCGAAAGAUGGCGACGCCCGUCGGGUGGUCGCAGGGGGGGUCAGGAUCAGUGUGUCUCGCCUUCGAUCAACUGCGGGACGUGAUUGAGUCUCAGGAGGAACUGAUCCACCAGCUGAGGAACGUGAUGGUUCUCCAGGACGAAAAUUUUGUCAGUAAAGAAGAGUUCCAGGCAGUGGAGAAAAAACUGGUGGAAGAGAAAGCUGCCCAUGCCAAGACCAAGGUUCUCCUGGCCAAGGAAGAGGAGAAGUUGCAGUUUGCCCUCGGAGAGGUAGAGGUGCUGUCUAAACAGCUGGAGAAAGAGAAGCUGGCCUUUGAAAAGGCGCUCUCCAGUGUCAAGAGCAGAGCUCUGCAAGAGUCCAGCAAGAAGGACCAGCUCAUCACCAAGUGCAAUGGAGAGGCCACUGCAAUGAGAAGCCCAUGCACCGCAACAAAGAGUAGCCCCUGCUCACUGCAACUAAAGAAAAGCCCACGCGCAGCAACGAAGAUCCAACGCAGCCAAAAAUAAAAGAAAUUAAAUAAAUAAAUAAAUAAAUAAAAAGAGCUCCUGUUAGGACCUCCUGGAGCCCAACAGGCAGUUAGUGCCUCCAUACCCAAGGAUGUUGGUCUCCUAGUCCUUCCCCUUUCCCUGGACAUACCCCACUUCCCUAAAAGGAACCUAGGGUUCUUUCCUGGUGCUGCUAGAGGCCCUUCCUCUAAGACAUUUCCUAGCGAUCAGCCAGGGCCUCGGGGCUCUGAGUCUGCUUGUGGAAGGUGUGUGAGUCACGGGGAGGAGCCUGGCUGCCUCCCCCAAGAAUGUCCUGAACUCCUCCUGUAGGGCAUAAGACCUCACCUGAGAUCUGGUGACCUGAGCUACCCCCUGACCUGUCUCCCACCCGCCCUACCUCCCUUUGCAUGGUUCCAGUUUUACACUUACAUAGUUCCUUAUUCUUCUCAAAAGGCUUUUCUAACCAUUCUCUCAUUGGGUGCCGUUUAUUCUAAAUUUAGCUCUCAUUUAUUUUAAAAGAUUCAAACACAUUUAUGAUACUUUUUUCCCCAUAAGAACUUCACAAGCAAUCAGUUUGGAUUCACUGGAUGACCUGGGGAAGGAGGUUCAAUUGUCCUGGUCCUGUGACCCAGUGAGCCCAUGUUUUCAUUCUUUUCCUUCACCAUGUCUCUCUGUAACGUGUGCCUUAACUUUUUAUCAGAUCUCCUCUUUUGAAACCUUCACUGCUUCAGUAUUUCUGCAUUUUCAGAGCUUAUGUUCUAGUUAAUCUUUGUCCAGCCUUUAAAAGCAGUAGGAUUUUCUUCCUUUGAGGAUCACAAUUUUCCAGGACUCCCUGAGGGACAUUAUGUAAAUGAAGCAACCCCAGAUCCCUACAGCCGCACUGGAUUUUAACCCAAGACACAAAACUUACGCUUGCUUCUAAUGAGCGCUUAAUCUGGGGGUAAGCUUUGCCACCACUAUCUCCCUGGGUCCUCCCCACCCGCCCUGUGGAAUAGGGAUCCUGUCUUCUCCCCUGAAGCCCUAACACAGGGCUGGGCAUCCAGCUGGUCCUCAGUAGGUCUGGUUGGAUUGAAAUGACUGAACUAGGUGAUGCUUCUAAGACCUAAAGGCCCAGGGGACAUCCUGUUCAUUCCACAAAUAAAAGUACUGUAUAUCUAGUACAUGCCAGGUACUAUUUUAGGCCUUAGGGUUAAAGCCGUGAAUAAAACAAAAAAUCCUUGUCCUUGUGGACCUUAUAUCCUAGUAGAGGAAAAGACAAAUGAGCAAAAUGUAUGGUCUGUGAGAUAUAAGUGCUAAGAAGGAAAAUAAAGCAGGAAAAGGGGAUAGGAAGUACUGGGAAGGGUUGUGAUUUUAGACUAGGAAGGGUCUCGCCAAGGAAGUGAUAUCUGUAAAGAGCUGCAGGAAUUGAGGGCAGGAGCCAUUCAUCCUCCUGCUUUGGGGCAGGGCUGACCAUCUCUCUCCAAAAGCCCUUGCCUGCCCUCAUGUGAGCUACCUGGUCCAGAAUAGAGCUGUAAAGUCACUGACACAUUCAUCAAGAUGUUGUGCCCUCCACUCCCACCCCAUCAUGACUCCAUAAUAAACUCAUUCUUACGAAGGUAUUAGCAACUACUCUUGGACAACCCCUGGGUGGGGGGAGCCAAGUUCUGAAAAGACCCCUGAGGGAAUGCCUUAUUUCAGGAAGGAGCUCAUGGGAUGG